AUGUUCAAAUUCUUAUUACUCGCUUGUGUGUUGGCGUUGGUGGCUGCUGAUCCCAAGCCCAAGCCAGGUGUAUUCUACAGCGCAUACACAGCUCCCGUGGCAGCUGCGUACACCGCGCCAGUCGCGGCCGCCUAUACAGCGCCGCUCGCCUACUCCGCAUACUCUGCUCCAAUUGCUGCCUACUCCGCUUAUCCCUAUGCUGCCCAUUACUCCACCUAUCUGCUGCGUUAA